AUGUUUUGCUUGUGCACCUCAGCACAUACUUACAAUCUUCUGUGGGCAUUUAUGUGCUGUUGGGGUAAUGUUUCCCUUUUUCGGAAUGGUGAGAAAACAGAAUCUUUCGACCAGCUGGCGAACUGUCCAGUAGAGUCUAAGGAAAAUGGGGAUGCUGAGUUUAUUUAUGGAUCUGUAUGGGAGAUAUUGCAUUUAAAUCAAACUUUACAACCCUUACAGAAGAUCGGUGCCGGAACAGCAAGGAUCAGGCGCGACGUCGUUGGCGUCGGAGCAGCCGGAAAAACGCGUCGGAACAGUGCGGGCAGGACAGCUGCAGUAGCGAACAGGGAAGAAUCGCGAACAGGAGCUGAGUCAGUCGCGAAAAAUGAAAAAGGGGAAGGAACCGUUGUCGCGAACAGGAACAGCGAAGUCACCGUCGCCGUCGCCGGGAGUCUUGCAUUGAUAGCAAGGAAAAGACCUAUGUAUUAUUCCUCCGUCCUCCCGGCACUGCUUGAUUUUAAUGUGAACUCUGAGACAGUGAAGGGUCGACAUACUCUCAGUAUUCACUAUUCUCUAAAAACUGCGUUUUUAGGAUUUAUGAGAUGUACACAGCCUGUCAUUGUGGAGUCGAGAGAGAGAUUGCUCAAGGCAUUGCGAGCUAGGAAUGCAGGAGAUGCUGCUGAUCAAGUUAUCCGACAAGUGGAUAAAAUUAAGAGAAGUAAUGAGCGGGCAUCGUGGGAUUUGCGGUUGAGCAAGGAUGACCAGCAAUCAGAUCAGCUUCCUAUUUUACGAGAUAUGAUGAGUAAAAGGUUGGCACCAAUGGAGAAUGAAGAUUCAAAUAAUACUAACGAUGUAACUUAUAAAAGGUUACGUUAUGGUGGCCCUCAUGGUGUCACAGAUUCAAGACUUGACGUGAAUGAUGCUGGGCAGGAUCCCAUCAAUGGGAUAUCUCCUAAGGUUCCUCUGUUGGAUCAGGAUCCAACUCCUCUUGAGCAAAUGAUUGCCAUGAUUGGUGCUUUAAUUGCUGAAGGAGAAAGAGGUGUUGACUCUCUCGAAAUUCUUAUAUCCAACAUUCAUCCAGAUUUGCUUGCAGAUAUAGUCAUAACUAAUAUGAAGCACUUUCCGAGGAAUCCGCCUCCCUUUCCCCCGACAACAUUUGGUAACCUGCCAUUCAAUCGUCAAAGUGAUUCUCCAAGUCUGUCCCAGGGUGUGGCAUCAAAUGGUUCCAUGUCUAUGCAGAUUUUGGGACUUGCAGCUCAACUACCUGUAUCUUCAUCAGGCAUGAUAAGCCUUCCAUCUUCUGAUAUGCCCACUUCAAGUAAUCUUCCUUCCGAUUCCAAACGUGAUCCACGAAGGGAUCCUCGUCGACUUGAUCCAAGGCGUAUGGUGGCACCUGUUGAAGUUCUACCACCAUCUUUUGUUGACAAUAGUACAACUGACACCCAGUGUCAUGCUUUAGAACAAGAUUUUGAUGAUUCUAGUUCUUUCAGUCAAACCCCUGCGCCACCAUAUCUGCAUAGUUCUGAAAGUGUUUCAGUGUCUCCUAUGCCGAAAACUACAACUGAUUUGAAUUUGUUGGAAUGCUCUGUAAAAUUAGAAGCUGGCCAAUGGACUCCCAAAGUUGAAGUUCAGGACAUGGAAGCCAAAGAGAUUAUAACAGAUAGUAAAGGAAAUGCUGCUUUGUAUACUCCCCUGUCCACUCUCAGCAAAGUUGAGGACACUGUAGCACAUACAUCAUUGGAUGCCAUAAUGCUUGAUGAGGCUUAUUCGCCAUCAUCACAAGAACUGGAUGAACUUUCACCACCUAUUUCAAAUUUGGAGGCCUCUGAAAUUGUAGUUGAGCAGUUGCCUGUGCUUCCUCCUUACAUGGAGCUAAACGAAGAUCAUCAAAGAACUGUGAUUAAACUGGCUUUUGAACGAAUAAUUGACGAGUACCAGAAUAUACAAAGAACUGAUCUCACGCAGACACAAAUGGCAUUGCUUGCUCGAUUGUUUGCACAGAUUGAUGCCGGUUCAGAUGUGGUUAUGAUGAUGCAAAAACGAAUUGUAUCAGACUAUCAAAAGCAAAAGGGACACGAGCUUGUAAUGCAUGUUCUUUAUCAUAUACGCGCUCUUAUGUUGUCAGAUUCGUUUCAGAACUCUUCAUCUGCUGCUUCCUUGUACGAAAACUUCCUUCUGGAAGUGGCAAAAUCUUUGUUAGAUGCUUUCCCAGCAACUGACAAAUCGUUUAGUCGACUUCUUGGAGAGGUUCCUUAUUUACCCGAGUCUGUAUUAAGGCUACUGGAUGAUUUAUGCUCUCGAAGUCAUUCUGGAGUAGAUGGUCGUGAUGGUGACCGUGUUACUCAGGGCCUUGGUGUUCUUUGGAGCUUGAUUUUGGGCCGGCCACUCAAUCGUGAAGCCUGUUUGGGUAUUGCUCUGAAGUGUGCUGUUCACUCACUGGAUCAUGUUCGAGCAAAAGCUAUCCGUCUGGUGGCUAACAAACUUUACGCGAUGAGCAACGUUGCUGAAAACAUCGAAGAGUUUGCCACAAAUAUGUUCUUGUCGGCUGUAGAACAGCGUGUUCCAGAGACAGGGAUUUUACAAUCUGUAUCCCACAAACAAAGAAUAGGACAGGUGGGAAGCCAAGAAACAUCUGUAAGUGUGUCUCAAAUUUCAGAUCCUGGGGUUUCAGAAAAUGAUACCAUUAAGGUUGCAGAAGAAUCCACCUCUGAUUCAGCAAUUUCAUUUUCUCAAGCACAGCGACUUGUCUCAUUGUUUUUUGCAUUAUGUGCAAAGAAACCAAGCCUCCUUCAACUUGUGUUUAAUAAUUAUGCACGAGCAUCGAAGGCUGUUAAGCAGGCUGUGCAUCGUCAUACCCCUGUUCUUAUAAGGGCUCUGGGUUCAUCAUAUUCCGAAUUACUUCAGAUAAUAUCUGAUCCACCCCAAGGAAGUGAACAACUACUGACACAGGUGCUUCAUGUAUUAUCUGAAGGGAAGACACCGACUGAUUUAGUGGCCGCUGUCAAACGAUUAUAUGAUACCAAACUAAAGGAUGCUUCUAUUCUUAUACCAAUACUAUCAUCAUUUUCAAGAGAUGAGGUUUUACCUAUUUUUCCUCAUCUUGUCAACCUUCCAUUAGAUAAGUUUCAGACAGCGCUGGCUCAUGUCCUACAGGGUUCUUCUCAUACAGGUCCAGCACUGACACCAGCAGAAGUCUUGGUAGCUAUUCAUGACAUCAUUCCUGAUAGAGAUGGUCUUCCACUCAAAAAGAUCACAGAUGCUUGCUCGGCUUGUUUUGAACAGCGGACUGUUUUUACACAGCAGGUCCUGGCAAAGGCCUUAAACCAGAUGGUUGAUCAAACUCCUCUCCCACUACUAUUCAUGAGAACUGUAAUCCAAGCAAUUGAUGCAUUUCCAACACUGGUACAUUUUGUCAUGGAAAUACUGUCCAAACUUGUGAACAAACAGGUAUGGCGAAUGCCAAAAUUAUGGGUUGGAUUCUUGAAAUGUAUCUCGCAAACGCAGCCACAUUCAUUCAGUGUAUUGUUACAGUUGCCAUCACCACAGCUUGAAAAUGCUCUGAACAAAUAUUCUAAUCUUCGCAGUCCUCUGUCGGCUUUUGUGAACCAAUCUAAUGUUAGAUCCUCACUCCCAAGGUCGACUCUAGUACUUCUUGGCAUUGCAACCUGA